CUGAUGUUUGGGCAAACACAAACAUGGCUGGAGCCACUGCAGGGAGAGAACCCAGACAGCCAUACACAGGGGUGGUAUAUAUAUAUUGAACCCUCUCCAGUGUUUUUGGUUCUUUUUACAGCAGUGCAUAGUGUGUCCCGGGUUCCUGUGUAAUAGCAUGGCUCGUCUGGCCCUGCCUGUCCUCCUUCUCAGCUUUUCCUUGCUUUGCUGCAGCAGUCCGUCUCGAACCAGGAAGGCUGUUUCUGCUCGACAGGCUGGAGCUGAGGAUGAAGAUGUAAAGUCGCAGAUUGAGAAGUUGUGGCAAGAAGUAAAUUUACUGAAGGAGAAGCAGGCGUUGCAGACAGUGUGUCUUCAGGGCAUCAAAGCUCACAGAAAGUGUUAUCUUACCAUUGAGGAACCCAAACAUUUUCAUGAUGCAAAUGAGGACUGCAUCGCUCAAGGAGGAACUCUGGCAACGCCACGAGACAUGAUGGAAAACAACGACCUGAGAAAUUAUGCAAAGAGGAGUGCCCCAGGAUCGAGUGAGUUCUGGAUUGGUGUGUCUGACAUAGUGAAGGAAGGUCAGUAUGUUGAUGUCAACAGCCUGCCGGUCAGCUACUUCAACUGGGAUCGCUCCAAGAAGCAGCCCACAGGAACCAAGAGGGAGAGCUGUGUCGCUCUUUCAGUGGCUGCACAAGGAAAGUGGCAGGACGAGGUGUGCCGCAGCCUGAAGAAGUACAUCUGUGAAUUUGUAAUACCCUGAAGGAGGCAGAAACAAGUCAUUUUGGAUUAAAUACAUGAAAUUAUUAUUAAAAGUUAACAUUUUUCAAAACAUUA